AUGUCCUUUUGGUCGUCUCAGGGCAGGCCUGACCCUACCUGCUGCUGUUCUUCUGACGGCCACGAAUUGAACCGUGAUGGCAAGCGUGUUCUCUCUCAGCUGGAGCGCACUGCAAAGCUUGGACGAAUGUCAUCUGAGGUUCAAAGUAUUCCAGCAGUCGAGGACGCCCUACAGACUCUUAGGUCACGGAGGAUGAGUGAAUACAGGCAGGAAGUUUAUAUCGACCCUUUGGCCAAGUCCAACGCCCAAGCACCAGACGAUGAAAACUUGUUUCCUCUGAUGGACAAGGUCAAGGAGUUCCUGAAAAGCGAGCGUCAAGUGAUGCUGGUCCUCGGCGACUCUGGAGUAGGAAAAUCGACAUUCAACCGCCAUUUGGAGUACGAACUAUGGCGAAAGUACAAACCCGGCGGUCGCAUCCCAUUGUUCAUCAACUUGCCUGAACUCGACCGGCCAGACAAGAAUCUGAUCGCUGAACAUCUCAAGUCUUCGAAUUUUUCAGAAGAGGGAGUCUGCGAGCUGAAGCACCAUCGUCAGAUGCUGUUGAUAUGCGAUGGUUAUGACGAGAGCCGACUCAGAGUCAACCUACACACCACCAACGCCCUAAAUCGAUCUGGACCACAAGACGUCAAGUUACUCAUCACUUGCCGCACUCAAUACCUUGGUCCCGACUACCGAGACCGAUUUGUGCCCAGUAUAAGCGGUGGAUACCACCGUCCUGAGGAUGCACUCUUCCAAGAAGCCGUCAUUGCGCCCUACACUAAGGAUCAGAUCGAGAUGUAUGUCGAGAAGUAUGUCUCUCUCGAGCCACGGACCUGGGCCACCAAGGACUACAUGGACAAGCUGACGACCAUCCCCAACCUUAUGGACCUGGUCAAGAAUCCUUUCUUGUUGACGCUAGCACUGGAGACUCUUCCCAAGGUUGUCGAAGGAAGCCUCGAUCUGUCUAGACUCCGAGUUACUCGAGCGCAACUUUACGACAUGUUUGUCAACUGCUGGAUUGGAGUAAGCAAGCGCCGUCUUCAGGAGCGGCAGCAGAUCGAAAGCCAUCAAGAGGCGUUGGAGGAGCUUCUAGAGGACGGAUUCGUAGAUAACGGGAUCAGGUUUCAAGAGGACUUGGCGGCGGCUAUAUACAAGGAGCAGGAGGGUAAACCCGUCGUUGACUACGUUCACAAACGCGACAAAUACACAUGGAAGGUUGCCUUUUUCAGCCCUGGACCAGAGACCUCGGUUCUUCGCUCUGCCAGUCUGUUGAGCCGAGCUGGCACUCAAUACCGCUUCAUUCAUCAGUCUUUAUUGGAGUACUUUUACUCUCGCGCCAUUUGCGGCGCCGCGAGCAAGUAUACCGACCCAACCGCGAUCCCCCUCAUGAUAAUCGACCAUCCAUUGUCCAAGAUGAGUCUUGUUGCAGAGGUGUCGGUUAUUCAUUUUCUCGCCCAACAUGCCCAACAGAACGCUACUUUCAAGCAACAUCUUCUUGCCCUCAUUGAACUGUCCAAGUCAGAUGUUCAAGCGAGCCAAGCUGCAGCUAAUGCCAUCACGAUCUUAGUCAAGGCCGGUACACGGUUCAACGGAGCCGACUUCCGACGUAUUUGCGUUCCGGGAGCCGAUCUUUCAGCCGGGCAGUUUGAUUCCGCGCAGCUACAGGAGGCAGACUUGACUGGCGUCAACCUCACCAAGGCGUGGAUCCGACAGGUUGAUUUCAGUGGAGCGCAGAUGGGCGGAACUCAAUUUGGCGAACUGCCGUAUUUGCCAGAUGCAGGGAAUGUAUGGGCAUGCGCAUUUUCACCAGACGGAAAGUCAUUCGCUACGGGUCUUGUCAAAGGCGACAUCGAUAUCUACAGCACUGCAACCUGGAAGAAAACAACUACAUUUCGAGCCCACAAGAUGUGCGUCACAGGACUCGCUUUCUCGCCCACCGGCCAUCAACUUCUCUCGGGCAGCGAGGAUACAACCGUGCGAUUAUGGGACUUUGAAACGGGAUCUGUCGAUAUGUGUCUGGAUGGCUGGUGUGAUAGGGUGAUGGGUUUGGCAUUCUCCUCGUCUGGCAAGCAGUUUGCGUUGGCCGGGUCGAACAGCUCGGUAUGGGAUGCUCGCACCGGGGCAGUAGUCUUUGACUUGAAGGAGCACAUGGGGUGGUCGGCCAAUGUCGAGUUUUCGCCAGAUGGGAACCUUGUCGCUUUCAGCAGUCAUAAAGGCAGGAUCCAAGUAUACAACACCUUCAAUGGAUCACCAGAAGUGGUUUUGGAGAAUGAGCCCUACGACAUAACCGACAUUGCCUUUUCGCCGAAUGGUCGGUGGAUCGUCGCAAGUAACGUCACGGGCAACUUGCAGCUAUGGGAGACAGAGACGGCGGUGUCGGGACUCAGAUGGAAUGGUCACGCAGGGAUAGUCAUGGCAAUUAGCUUCUCACCAGACUCCAGAUCGAUCGUGUCCUGUGCCUACGACGGAUCAGUGAAGCUGUGGGAUGUGUACACUGGCUCGAUGAUAUCUGCAUUUACGGGUCAUCUGCAGUCCGUCAAUUGCGUUACAUUCACGCCGGAUGGCUCCCGGAUCGCAUCAGCAAGUUCGGAUAGUACUGUCCGGCUAUGGGAGGUGGCUACUGGUGGAUUAAGGCUCGACGCGCAGGAAUAUUCCGACCCCCAAGUUAGUGUGGCGUACUCUCCAGAUGGGCGGUUCCUUGUUUCUGUUAGCCGCUCGGGGAUAUUGCGACAUUACGACGCAGACACUGGCGAAACCGAUAUUGCCUUUUCUGGCCAGCCUGACGGCACCGACUGUGUCGCCUACUCUCCAGACGGUAGUCGGGUGGCCGUUGGUGGAUAUGGUGAGGAGGUGGUUGUGUUGAAGGUCCAGGUUGGAACGUUUGAGGUUGCUCUCCGUAUUCGAACGAUGGGCGUGAAUGCCGUGGCAUUCUCGCCAUGCGGUGACUGGAUCGCUUCCGCUAACAAGGACCAAACAGUACGGCUCUGGCAGGCAUCCACAGGAGCUCCAGGACUCGUCUUCACCGGGCAAGAUGAUGUCGUCGAGAGCGUAGUAUUUUCACCUUGCGGUCUCGAGGUUGCAUCGGGUUGUCGGAACGGGGACAUUCGCAUAUGGGAGACGAACACAGGGAUCCUAAAGUCGAGCAUGACCACUCGAUCAUCUGGUCCUGGUAUCGUCGCGUUUUUACAAGGUCGCCGUCAGGUCGCAUCGAGCUUUGGGAAGGGAGGUGUUGCAGUCUGGGACUCUCAGUGCAAGGAGUUCCGUUCUAUGCUGAUGCCACAACUCGAGAUCAACACUUUUACAUUCUCACCUUGCGGUCGGUGGAUGGUCGCUGUUCAAUGUCCAGGUUCGCCUGUGGAGCUGUACGUCGGGUGA